AUGUUCUCCGAGCCCCCAGCCCGGGGCUGUGUCCCUGUGAUCCGGCACUUCCGGUGGAAAACCCCCGAGAUGGCAGCCAGAACACUGGAAGCUGUGAAUGCCCGCGAAGGGAGUGGCAACGACGUGUCACCUGGCUCGGGCAGGGGUGGCAUAAAAGGGGCUGCAGCGACUCGCUCUCUCCCAGACAGUCACUCCGCCAUCAGAAUGUGGAAACUCCUGGUCGCUUUCCUGCUGGCCGCUGAGGCCCACGGCUGCGGAGUGCCUGCAUAUUCCCCCAUCCGGACGGGGAGGGUGGUCAACGGAGAGGAUGCCAUUCCCUACAGCUGGCCCUGGCAAGUUUCCCUGCAAUACCAGGCUGGCAGCCAGUUCUACCACACCUGUGGGGGGAGCCUCAUCCACCCCAACUGGGUGAUGACUGCCGGCCACUGCAUCUUCCCAGAUUUUAACUACAAGGUGGUCCUGGGUGAACAUGACCUGAUCGUGGAGGAGAGCCCGGAGCAGCACAUCCCAAUCAACCCUGGGGACAUCUUUGUGCACCACGGCUGGGAUCCAAGCUGUAUCUCCUGCGGGGACGACAUUGCCUUGAUCAAGCUCUCCCGCCCCGCCGUGCUCAACGACAAGGUGAAGCUGGGGUGCCUGCCCCCCGCAGGAGAAGUGCUCCCCAACUAUCAUCCCUGCUACAUCAGUGGCUGGGGCAGCCUCUACACCGGGGGCCCCCUGCCCGCCCUCCUGCAGCAGGCAUUGCUGCCGGUGGUGGAUCACGCGCACUGCUCCCAGCCGGACUGGUGGGGGUCCUUCGUCAAGGAGACCAUGGUGUGUGCCGGCGGAGACAUCCGGGCCGGCUGCAACGGUGACUCCGGUGGCCCCCUCAGCUGCCCAGGUAAUGACGGCCGGUGGUACGUCCACGGGAUCGCCAGCUUUGUCUCGGGGUGGGGCUGCGACACCCUGCAGAAACCCACCGUCUUCACCCGUGUCUCUGCGUUCAUCUCCUGGAUUGAGCAGAUAAUUUCCAGCAAUUCCCCUUGAGCAGAAACUUCUGGCGUUCCAAGACUGGGCUCUGCUUGUGUCAAAAAACAAUAAACCUCUUCCUGGCUGUA